GGAAAAUUUCCUUUUCGUUACAACUUUUAUCUAGGUAUUAAGUAUACAAUAUGCUCCCAAAGCAGUCCACCGUACUGUCCGAUAGAAAGAAAUAAAGCAGUUUUGAGUUUGGCAGAAAACUAAAGCAAAUAACACGUGGACAUAAGACCAAAUUACACGUGGCAAUCUUUGGGCAGGGUCAAUUACCAAAUGAGAUCCCAUUCUUUCCGAAAUUACGAACACCCACCCCCACCACUAGCCACGGGUUUCUCUUCCAACUCACCAAGGCUACUCCCAAUUGGUGAGGAGCAGCCAUGGCAGCGCCACCUCAAUCGGCGGCGAUCCCCUCCCAAACAGACCUCCAUCACCUUCUCUCCGCCCAUGCGCGUGGCCCGUCUCCGCAACGCGCUCUCCUCCUCUUCUAUGAUCACAUGCUUCUUCACAGCCCUGCUUUUCCUGAUCGUUUCACCUUCCCUUUGGUUCUCAAAGCUUGUACUCGCCUCCGAGACCUGCCCCUUGGCCGCCAAAUUCACGCCACCUGGUUAAAGACUCCGCACCUUCAUCGGAUUCCCUUUGAUCUUCACACUUGCAACACUCUUCUCCACUUGUAUGCAGUGUGCGGCGAGUUUGGCAAUGCGCACCAACUCUUCGACCGAAUGCCGCAAAGGGAUGUCAUCUCCUACAAUGCCAUGAUAAGUGCCCAUGUCCGCGUUGGGAAUCUGGCCCGUGCUCGCAAGCUCUUCAAUGAAAUGCCUGAGAGAGACUCCCAGUCUUGGAAUUUUAUGAUCUCGGGCUAUGCCACUGUUGGCCUGGCCGACGAAGCAACUGAGCUCCUCAAUCGGAUGCCUAUGCCUCUGAAGGGGGUCUUGUCUUGGAACGCAGUGAUCACUGCCUAUUUACAUGCUGAAAGGUUCCACGAGGCGUUGGUUGUGUUCGAAGAGAUGCAAAGGGCCGACAUGACGCCUGAUAGCUUCACGCUCGUGGGCGUGCUCUCGGCCUGCUCCCACCUCGGAGCCCUGCAACAGGGGAAAUGGGUGCAUGCCUAUAUUGAGAACCAUGAUAUCGAGCAGAACUCAUACAUUGGUACUGCACUUGUUGAUAUGUAUUCCAAGUGCGGAUGCAUCCACGAGGCCCUCCGAGUCUUCCGAGACUUACCCCAAAAGGAUGUUAAGACUUGGAACUCGCUGAUCUCAGGCCUCGGAAUGCAUGGUUAUGGCAGGGAAGCUCUGUGUCUCUUCUCGGAGAUGGAAAUGACCGGGUUAAAACCCAAUGAGGUGACCUUCCUGGCCGUGUUAUCGGCGUGCAGCCACACAGGACUGAUCAAUGAAGGCCUCUGUAUUUUCGACGCGAUGAAUCGGGUUUAUGGAUUAGAGGUAGUGGCAAAGCAUUAUGGCUGCAUAGUUGAUCUUCUCGGACGGGCCGGACGAUUGGGAGAAGCCGAGGAAUUGAUAGAAAGGAUGCCUUUGAAGAGUGAAGCAAGUGUGGCGUGGGAGUCAUUGUUGGGUGCAUGUGGGAGACAUGGCGAUGUGGAGACUGGGGAGCGAGUGGCGAUGAGGCUCGGAGAACUGGACCCCGCCAACAGCGCAUGCUAUGUUAUGUUGUCGAAUGUGUAUGCGAGGUCCGGGCGUUGGGCUGAGGUUAGGGAUGUUAGGAGGAGGAUGAGGGCGAGAAAUAUUGGGAAGGAGCCGGGUUGGAGCUCGAUUGAGGCCAAUGGGGUUGUUCAGGUGUUUUUAGCAGGAGAAGGAAGGGGUGAGAUCUUUCACAAUUUCCAGGGGGCAAGCCUUCAGCACUGUUCAAAAAAUCAAACUGGGCCAGAUCGAAUCACAAAAACUAUUUAAUGAAUUAGUUUAUGGGUGUGGUUUAUAUAUGGUUGCAACUUUAAACAAUGCAAUUAAGGCGCAACUCUAAAAUUUAACAUAAUAUGUAAUUUUGGUGUAAGGAUUAUCUCAAAAUCUAUUUUUAUAUUUAAUUAUA